ACCUAUCAAGGCGUUCAGUGUCGGAAGAGGACGGACCGAAGGUGGCGGCACCCACGGGUGCAUGGAAGAGCCCCUCAUGUCGGGGAACGGGGCGGUGUGGGGGCGCGUGCGAAGCCGCCUGCGCGCCUUCCCAGAGCGCCUGGCGGCCUGUGGGGCCGAGGCCGCGGCCUACGGCAGGUGCGUGCAGGCGUCCACGGCCCCGGGUGGCCGCCUGAGGAAGGAUCUCUGCGCGCAGGAGUUCGAGGCCCUGAGGAGCUGCUUCGCCGCCGCGGCCAAGAAGACCCUGGAGGGAGGCCGUUAGGACAGACGGAGGACUCAGCGCCCGGGGGGGGCGGUGGUGCUGAUGGCCCCGAGGCCAAGCACCCGGACACCUGAGGCCCUGAGGGCUGGGAGGACGCCCGGUGGGGCGCGCCAUGGACAGAGGGGCGGGGCCUGGCGCCCCGAGCACGAGGGUCUGGGCAGCGGACCCCUCGGGUCACGCGGAGCCCCCGUUCCGUGCGGGGCGUGCGCGGGGCUGGCCUCGCCCCAGAGAGCCUGACGGGGCGCGGGCUGUGGACGCACCGCCUGGGGACCCUCGCCCUCCCGUCUCCCCAAUAAAGUGUCUUUGAGUCUCACGGA